GGAGGAAUCCCCCGAAACGCAGGUUGACCCUCCGUCAUCAAUUUGCACAUGGAGAAUUCUAGAAUGAACUCUUUCUUAGAGUACUCAAUUUGUAACCGUGGGACGAACGCCUACUCACCCAAGUCCGGAUACCACCACUUGGACCAAGACUUCCCGGCACCUUUUCACUCGGGCUCCGGCACAACAAGUGACAGCUAUAACGGUGAUGGACGGCUUUACAUGGGGGGCAGCGCACAGGCGGUUGUGGCUCAACAUCAGCACCAGAGCAGUAGCUACGCGCAUCAUCAUCAGCCCCAGCCGCAUCAUGCCAGCAUGGUCCUUCCAUAUGGCAGUACAGGCACUGCGGGAUAUGGGGCGCAGGCGUGCGAAAACCCGGACUAUGGACACCCACAGUACUUUAUCAACGAGCAGGAAGGGAUGUACUAUCAAUCAUCGGGCCUUUCCGCCUCCAAUGUAGGCCCCAACUACGGCUCUCUGGCCGGGGCAUACUGCGGGGCGCAGGGGGCUGUCCCCGCGGCACAGUACCAGCACCACGGCUGCGAGGGCCAGGUCCACCAGCGGGGUUAUUUGCAGAGCACCUAUGGUGACAUUUCGGCCUCACAGGAGAGGGAGAAGGACGCAGAUCAAACACCACAAGGAAAGACUUUCGACUGGAUGAAAGUCAAGAGGAACCCCCCUAAAACAGCUAAAGUGGCUGACUAUGGAAUGGGCCCUCAGAACACCAUCCGCACCAAUUUUACAACCAAACAGUUGACCGAGCUCGAGAAGGAGUUCCACUUCAGCAAGUACUUGACGCGGGCCAGGCGCGUGGAAAUCGCCGCCACCCUCGAGCUCAACGAAACGCAGGUGAAAAUCUGGUUCCAGAACCGCAGGAUGAAACAGAAGAAGCGCGAGAAAGAGGGCCUGGCCCCGGCCUCUAGCACGGGUUCCUCCAAAGACCUGGAAGACAACUCGGACCAUUCCAGCUCCAUGUCUCCCAGCUCGGAGACCUAAUGGACCAAAUAAACUGCAACUUGCAGGCACUGAACUUCAAAGUGAGGAACUCGAAUGUGAAAAAAAGUUGAUUGAUUGAUAAUAAGUCAAAACAUUCCCAUACAUGCUUGAAUAGACUAUUCAACUUGUUAUGCUACACGUCUGUAAGAGUAAAAAAAAAAGAUUUAAACUCAAAUAAUUACUUCGAAACGCACAUUUCGAGAGUG